UCUGACGUCUUCCCCCGCCACUGAAUCGGAAGUUCUGGCUGGCAGUUGCGUGGAAAUGGGCACUGGUGGGCAGAAUGGGCUUCGGCCUGGCAAAGGAAACACCGAAGGGGUUACAGCGGGAAAGGGGAAGACGGAUGAGGUGACAGUGACUUCGAAUACUGAUGCCUCGGCUUCCUGCCAGUACAGGUGCAUCGAAUGCAACCAAGAGGCCAAGGAGUUGUACCGCGACUAUAACCACGGCGUGUUGAAGAUAACAAUCUGUAAAUCCUGCCAGAAACCUGUAGACAAAUACAUCGAGUAUGAUCCUGUAAUCAUCUUGAUUAAUGCUAUUUUAUGCAAAGCCCAGGCCUACAGGCAUAUUCUUUUCAAUACCAAAAUAAACAUGCACGGAAAACUCUGCGUAUUUUGUCUGCUUUGCGAAGCAUACCUGAGAUGGUGGCAGCUUCAAGAUUCCAGCCGAAGCAUUGAUCCUGACGAUUUUAUCCGAUACGCUAAGGAGUGGGAUUUCUAUAGAAUGUUUGCAAUUGCUUCUCUAGAACAGACUGCCUAUUUUAUUGGCAUUUUCGCUUUCCUGUGGGUAGAACGACCCAUAAGAGCGAAAGAAAAACUCAACUCCACUUUGCUGCUGAAGGCAUUAUUGUUAUCUAGCUACGGAAAACUCUUGCUGAUCCCAGCUGUGAUUUGGGAACAUGAUUACACACCCCUGUGCCUCAGACUCAUUAAAGUGUUUGUUCUUACGUCAAACUUUCAGGCAAUCAGAGUGACCCUAAACAUCAACCGCAAGCUCGCCUUCUUGGCCAUCUUGAGUGGCUUACUGGUGGAGAGCACCAUGGUGUGUUUCUUCCAGAGGAUGGAGUGGGCAGUCGGAAGUGACUGUGCCAUCUAUAAAUCUCAAGACUUUUGAAGAGUUUCAUUUUUUACUGUCUGUGGCAUGACUGGUUGCAUCUGUAAAAUAGAAGACGUAAAAAUACAAACCAAUCUUCUCAUUAUUGUUGUGUAAAACAAAGCAAAGCUUUGGAUAUACUUCCUGAAGAAGAAAGCGACGGUUAUGGCAUUGGGAACUGCUAACCCAUGUCGAAACAACUAAACCACAUACGGAAACACUCACACAAACACAAGGAAUGUUGCUGUGGGAACUAAUGUAUGCAACGAGUGAAGAUUAUACAUUAUGGACGGUUCAGGUAAGCGCUGGAACUGAAGGAACAUGAGUUCAUGAGUCACACAGAAGAAAAGAUCUUUGUUCAUGGCUUUGACAUAUUUAUAUCUUUUUAAUUUAAAUGUUAAUGGUUAAAAUAAUACUUUGUAUUCUUACAAGAGAAAUACUUUUUUCUUAAUAAAGUCACAGUAAACUGA